UUUUUUGUAGAUAAAAUGUUUUCACCACAAUUACUACCGUAUGCACAAUUGCAUCCAUUUUUAUUAAAACAAUUUUUACAUUCAUCUUCGGAAUAUUAUCGUAAACAUUAUCUUCAGCAACAACAACAUCCAUUAUCAUCAUUAAUAAAUGAUUAUCAUCAUAAUCAUCAUGAAUCACCGACAUUAUCAACAGAAUUAUUGGCUGAAGCAGCCCAAAAAUUAUCAUCAUCACCAACAUCGACGACGGCAUCAAAUUUUAAAUUUGAUCUAUCCACAGCAAUGGCUGUUAUUCAACAACAACAACAACAGAUAAUAUCAUCAAAUGGAUCAUCACCAUCACCACCAUCAUCGACAUCAUCACCACCAUCAUCAACAUCAUCAUCAUCAUCGAAUGAUAUUAUUGUUGGCGGUAGUAUCGAUGAUCGAACAUCGAUACUAACGCCCAUCACUAAAUCGGCAACAGCAAAUAAUUUAUUUGUUAGCCAUUAUGGUGGCCAUCAUCAUCAUCAUCAUCAUACAAGAAUGGAGACCAAUAUAACAUUGUGGCAAUUCCUAUUGGAAUUACUUUUAAAUCAUCAGCAGUAUAAAAAUAUAAUAACAUGGACAAAUAAUGAUGGUGAAUUUAAAUUGGUUAAUGCUGAAGAAGUAGCCAGGUUAUGGGGUUUACGUAAAAAUAAACAUAAUAUGAAUUAUGAUAAAUUAUCAAGAGCAUUACGUUAUUAUUAUGAUAAAAAUAUAAUCAAAAAAGUUUUGGGACAAAAAUUUGUAUAUAAAUUUGUAUCAUAUCCGGAUGCACAGAAAAUUGAUACAGCCGCAGCGACAGCUGCGGCAAAAAUGGCCGCAUAUAAUCAUCAUCAUCAACAGCAACAACAACAACAGCAGCAACAACAACAACAUCAUGCGGCAGCAGCAGCUGCUGCGGCUGCUGCAAUGUCAAAAGCAUUAUCAUCAUCACCAACAUUAAAUCCAUAUAGUUAUUUGGCUGCUGCUGCUGCAUGUGCAGCAUCAAUUCCACCAUCACCAACAUUGGCACAAUCAUCAUUUCCUGAUAUAAAAAUUGAACCACAAUCAACAUCGACAACAACAACAGCAGCAACAUCAUCAUCAUCAACAUCACCAUCAGCGACGACAACAACCGCAUCGAUAAAAAAAGAACCAAAUUUUUUCAAUUUUCCUGUUUUACCUGUUAAUCAUCCACAUCACCCGUUACAUCAUCAUCAUAUUUCUAUGUUUGGUCAUCAAACAUCAUCAACAUCGACAACAGGUGAACAGAAUAAUAAUAGUAUAUUUAUGCCAUCAAUGGAACCAACUGAUCUUUCAUUUAAAACUGGAAAAAAUUCUAUAUCAACAUCGGGAACAACAAAAAAACGUACAAUAAAUGUAGAAAUAGAUUCUGAAUCUAUUUCUGAAUCAGAAAAUGGUUGGCAUGAUACAAAUUCUGAUAAUAAUAAUAAUAAUAAUAGUCAUUUGAAUGGUAAUAAUGGUCAUCAUCAUCAUAAUCAUCAUCAACAACAAAAUGGUACAAAUAAACGUGCACGAAUGAUAAUAAAUGAUUAUUUAAAAACAUCAUCACCAUCAUCGAUACGUUCAUUAUCACCAAUAUCAUCGAAUCGUUCAAUAACAUCAUCACCAUCAUCAUUAACAGAUUUAUAUUCAAAUUUAUCAAAUGAUUGUUCACCAGUUAAUCUAUCACAAUCAGCACAUUCAUCAUCAUCACCAUCAUCAACAGAUUUAAUGGAUAAAAAUAAUGGUCCUGGUUCUUGUUCAUCAAUUGAAUCACAAUCACAUCAAAUAUCAACUAAUGUUGGUAAUCAUAAAAUAAAUGAUUUAAUAUCAUCACCAUCAACUAUAUCAUCAUCAUCAUCAACAACAACAUCGUUAAUGAAUAAAAUUAAUAUUAAACAAGAAGUGAUUGCUAAUUCACCAUUAUCAUCAUCAAAUUUAUCAUCAUCAUCAUCAUCAUCAACAUCAGGAACUAAUACGAAUAAUGGUGGUAGUGGAAAAUCUAAACAUAAACCACCACCAAUAUGUGCUAUACCAAAUAGUCCAACACAGAAUAAUUUAUCAUUUGCACAAUCAUUACAAACACCGAUUGUAACAUAUACAUCACCAUUUUUGGCUAAACCAACACCUGGUUUAUUUAAUUCAACAUAUUCAUUUUUUAAUUCAUUAAGUCCAUUAUUAUUACCAUCACCAAGAUAUGCAAGUGGUGCUAAUCUAUUUCAAUUUCCAACACAUUUAUCAACCAAUCAAAAUGGUUCAAAUUUGUUGAAUGGUAAUGGUGGUAAUGGAUCAACAACAUCAUCAACAACAGCUAAUCAUCCAUCAAUAACAACAUCGACAACAGGAACUGGUUCAGCAACAAUACCAUUAUCACCAUUUACAUCCGCUUCAUUUUCAUUUUAUGAUCCACAAUUUUUAUUAUCACCACAAUCAACAUCGAUACCUGUAUUGCAAAGUUAAACCGCGUUAAUUAAAAACAAAACAAAACAAAAAAA